GCAAAGCUGCCGGUAACUUGCGAAUUAAAGGAUGAACAAACACCGACAGAUUUUAGACGGCACAACUAAAGGAUUUAGUAUAAUUUUACGACGUUCACAGAAAUGAGAAAACAACCUGGAGCGUUAAAACGCAGUGAUUAUGUUUAAAAACACACUCAGUUGGAACUCGCGUACCUGUUUGGAGUCAUGUAACGUUAAUGUGAACUCAGACAAACAGAUCUGUGAUUGCCGGUUUUGACAGCACCAUAUUCAACGUCUUUUCAAACAGUCGACGACCAUGUCGACCGACAUAAGCCUGCGUGAGCUGGUGGAUCUCUCCAUAGGAACUCCUGACGCUGGAUCUGUCAAUUUCAGCGCGCUGCACACUUUACUGCACGCCAUCCUGGGACAUCUGAAGAUUGAGAGGGUCACAACUACCUGGAAGGGGGUGGACAACGACCAUGACAGCCCAUCCCAGACUAAAGCCUUACUGCUGGACAGUUCGAGCCCCUACAGGGCGAUGGAGGAGAAGGUGCGGCGGAUGGAGGAGCAGAUGUGCGCGCUGGAGGCUCUGCCCAGCGCCUCGGAGCUCAUGGGGUCCGACACCGCGCUCAGCGAUAUGUGGACGCUCAUGCAGCUCCGCAGAAAGGCGCAGGCCAACGAGGAUGGAGUGUCCAAGUGUAUGGCCUUAAUCCAAGACCUGCUGAAGGAAAUCCAGACACUCAAAGAGUCCAGAGAUGAUCUGAGAGAGGAAGUCAGUGCUCUGAACGGUCAGCUCAGCCAGCUGAACAUGAAUGAGUUAACAGACCGUAUCCUGGCUAUGGAGCAAUAUUGCCACCAAGUGGAAGAUCUGGACAACACUACGAAAGAGCUGAAGGAUAAGAUGGCCCAGUACCCUGUCCCAGAGGAGCUCACUCAGUGCGUCACAUGGGAAGUGAUGCAGGCAGCGCUCAUCAGCGAGAGGCAGAAGAUCCAGGAGGGGUUGAAGGACACCCUCUCCGCCGCUAAAAACAUUGCACCCGUUUACCCUUUGAACCUGGGUACCCCAUUCAAAGAUGACAGAGCAGGUGGCACAGGUGGUGUAGAUCUCUCUCGUCGGGUCUCUCCUCCCCAGCAGUCCCAGUCUGACGGGGCUCUGUGCACUGUGACGGGCCGCCGACUGUCCCGGGUCAGCAUUGGGGCUGAGCGCUACCCAGAGACCGUAGAGGCUCUGAUGGAGGUUGGCAGACUGAGAGACAAGCACGAAAGUCUGGAGACCCGUGUGGGGCAGCUGGAAGCAAACAAGGCUGAUUGGACCCAGCUUCAACAUCUGCGUGAUCUUCUCAAUGCCAUGGAGGAAAGGCAGAUUCCUGACCAUGUGCCAGAGCAGCUGAAUCAUCUGAGGACUCUUAUGGACAGUCUUCUAGCAGACAAAGAGAAGUUAAACAGUCUCAGGGUAAUGGUAGAGGACAUGAGGACAUCCUCAGCUUCUCCACUCUCACAAAGUGGACAGCAGGAGGCAAUAAGCUUCAGCAAAGCAGACGAACAGGCCCAAAGUACAGAUCAGGAUCAGGCUCAGAGUUCAGGUCAAGCUCAGGGUCAACGACAGACAGGAGGUCAGGGCCUGGACCAGGAGGUCAGUCAAUUGUCCCAGUGUCAUGACAAACCAAAGGACAAGACUGCUCACCUCAUGAACCAGGAACAUGAGGACAGGAAUAAGAACACUGAUCUGGUGAGUGAUUUAGAGGCAGCCAUACUGCAGCUGCAGUCCAAGUGUGAGAAACUCCACAGCACAUCCAACCGCCUAAUGGAGGAACACAGCAAGAAACAAACACACAUCGACCGUCUGUACAAGAUUGUGGAGGAACUGGCUGAAAAGAAAGCUGACAAGGAAGUAGUGGAAAUGGAGAUUGAAAUCAAAGCAGACAAACGGGCUCUGGAGAGCAAGGUGAGCCGUAUGCAGUUCGACAGCAUGACAGAGCAGCUCAAUAACAUGUUACAGGAGCUGCUGAGUAAGAUCAGCGGUCAGGAGCAGGACUGGAACAAGGUCAUUGAGAAGAUCUCAACUGAAAUGGACUGCAAGUUGAACCGGAUUGAGCUGGAUCCUCUGAAGAAACAGCUCGAUGAUCGCUGGAGAACCAUCCAUAAGCAUCUGCAGACACCUCCGAUCCCUGAGCAGGACGACGCCGCUGGACUCAGGAAGCAAUUAGUGGCCCGGUUUCACUGCAUCUCCUGUGACCGUCCAGUGGAUAUGAUGACACCAGGACAGCACUUGGUGACUCUGCCCUCUGCCCCAGGACUGCCCUCUCACAAGUCCAGCCGACCCUACACUGUGUAUGAGCUGGAGCAGGUGCGACAGCACUGCAAGAGUGAGAGGAUCCCAGAAAUGGCCGAUUACAGUUACCUAACCCGUAACUGUGGGGGCAGCCACACUCUCACCUACCCCAGUCGGCGCUACACCCGCCUUCAGCACAUCACCCACCUGAUCCAGAGCGAAGAGGAGAGUCGGCCUGUGUCCUCUGGACCACCCGCACAGGCAGCAGAGGUGGACAUCUUAGGUUUGGAUGGACAAGUCUACAAGGGCCGAAUGAGCAGCAGAGCAGUGAGACUCUCAGAGACAAGAUUUCCCACCAUCUCUCCUCGAGAAGGUAACUGGAAGAGCAAAGACAAGAUCGUCCGCUCGCAGUCCCAGAGGUCAACUGGAGUGGACGGCGGCCGUGGAAGUCCCGCACGGCCACAGAGUGCCAAGACUCAGCGCAGCCGCUCAGCAUCCAGCACCUCGAUGAAAGACCGGCCCAUGUCCUCCAUGGACUGUCUGUCCCAGGACGUCCCGCUCCAGACCUCAUACCAUGACACCACCGCAGAGCAGAGAGAAGCACUGGAGCUGCACAAAGAGCUUAACCAAUCAGAAGACGAGCCGGUGACAUCACUCUAGAGCUCCUCCAAUAGGAGCCUCUCCAUUGUCUGAAUGAAAUGUUUACAGCAGUGCGAGACACAUGCUAUACAUGUGAAACAGAAGGUAACAUCAUCUGUAACAUUAAGAAUAUCUAUAUGAGAUUUAAUAAACGUUUUUGCAUAAGCCGUCAGUCAUAUUAAAUAUGUCAUUAGAUCGUCAUCCAGUGCGAUAAAUAAUUCGCUUUCAUGUUCUUAACUCUCUCGCAGUGUUGAUCUGAAUGGUGACAUUUUUUGUAAUCAGUUCAAGCCAGUACUAAGUCUGAAUCUACCUCUUAAAACAUAGAGCUACUGCUUCAAUAAACAGCACUUACAUUGGUCAGUCUUAUUAUUCAGUUGAAGUAUUUAUGGUGAUGAUCUGUCGCGCUGUUGCAGAAGUGGUGUUUACAUUACAGUGACUUAUUGCACUGAAUGUUACACAUGUAUAAAAUGUCUAUUUAGUAAACAAUCACCAUUAAGUUUAA